UGACCAAUCAGAGGGCUCGGUGUGACGUCGCCCAGCGGCCGCUCAGGCCUUUAUAAACUUUGUGUUGCUGCUGCAGGACAACAUUUUCUACUUUCCCAUCCUUCACAACGUAGAGGGGUUGCACAGGACUUCUCAACAAUGCUGCUCGUAGCCGUGUCUGCCGUGAUCCUGACCGCGGUUCUGGCCGCUCCCAGUCUGGACCCGCAACUGGAUCAGCACUGGGACCUGUGGAAGAGCUGGCACAGUCGAAACUACCACCAGAAAGAGGAGGGCUGGAGGCGGAUGGUCUGGGAGAAGAACCUGAGGAGGAUCGAGAUGCACAACCUGGAGCACUCCAUGGGCAAACACUCCUACCGGCUGGGCAUGAACCACUUCGGGGACAUGACCCACGAGGAGUUCAGACAGGUCAUGAACGGCUACAAGCGCCCGACGGAAAGGAAGUUUAAGGGGUCCCUGUUCAUGGAGCCCAACUUCCUGACGGCCCCCCCUGCUGUGGACUGGAGGGAGAAGGGAUACGUCACCCCCGUCAAGGACCAGGGUCAGUGCGGCUCCUGCUGGGCCUUCAGCACCACCGGCGCUCUGGAGGGCCAGAACUUCAGGAAGAGCGGGAAGCUGGUGUCCCUGAGCGAGCAGAACCUGGUGGACUGCUCCAGACCCGAGGGCAACGAGGGCUGCAACGGUGGCCUGAUGGACCAGGCCUUCCAGUACGUCAAGGACAACAAGGGUCUGGACUCGGAGGUGUCCUACCCCUACAGCGGCACGGACGACCAGCCGUGUCACUACGACCCCAAGUUCAGCGCUGCUAACGACACCGGCUUCAUCGACGUGCCCGCGGGCAAGGAGCACGCCCUGAUGAAGGCCGUGGCCGCCGUGGGCCCGGUCUCCGUUGCCAUCGACGCCGGUCACGAGUCGUUCCAGUUCUACCAAUCAGGAAUCUACUACGAGAAGGAGUGCAGCAGCGAGGAGCUGGACCACGGCGUGCUGGUGGUGGGCUACGGCUUCGAGGGAGAAGACGUCGACGGCAAGAAGUUCUGGAUCGUCAAGAACAGCUGGAGUGAAAACUGGGGCAACAAAGGCUACAUCUACAUGGCCAAAGACAGACACAACCACUGUGGAAUCGCCACUGCAGCCAGUUACCCGCUGGUCUGACCGCGCCCCCUCUCGCAGCACCUCCGUUAGUGAUGUUUUUAUUCACCGCAGUAGUUUGGCUGGAGAGCCGGGACGGCUGAAGGACGAUGUCCCGUGUCGGCGACGCCUCCACAGGAGAUCCUGCAGCGUCUCAGUCGGAGAAAACUCCGUUUUGGCUGGUUCUACAACACUUUAUUUUAUUUCCAAUAUUGUAGUUUGAGUGUUUUAUCCUCCUGUAAAUAUGUGUAUGCGGCUAGGCAAGUGGGUCACUAACACUUGCUCUGGUCAUUGUAAAUGAUUACCUUCCUUUUUUCUUUUUUUUUUUUCUACUUUUACUGUGAUCAAUAAAAAAAUUGAAACACUA